CGCAGCACCGGCUCAGUGCCCCAACACCUUUCCCAGAGAGGCUUCCUGGUGCGGGCUGGGGGCUCCCGGGGAGACAGUCCCUGGCCCUGCUGUCCCACCGCGGACGCUCGCACGUUUGGCGCUUCUAUCUUCUUUUCUCUCAGAGAGAUGAUGUAUAAAACUGAAGAUUGCCAAGAGGCUGCUUUAGGAAGAAAGGGGGACUAGAGACUGAGUCCUGGUGAAACCAGUAGUAGACAGAAGGUGCAGCCAAUGAGGACAACAGCCACUGUGGUGUCCUAGAAGAAAGUGAAGAAGGUGCUUCAAGGAGGUGGAGUGAUCAACCACAUCAGAUGUUGCUUGAUAAGUCAGCUUGGGAUGUGAUAAUGCCAGCUAGACUUCUUAGAGCCCUCACUGGAUCUCACAGUAUAUUAUCUAAAGCACAUCCAUGCCAAAGACUUGUUCAUCUAACUUUAAAACCACUUAAGGAGUUUGGAAAUUCAACGCGCAGCAGCACCCUGACAAUCUGCCAAAACCUGGAUUCAUACUUUCCUAUUACAGCAGCUGAUGGCUUGAGUAGGCCUUGGGUCUUGGAAAUGAACCGGGAAAUCUCAGAUGCAAGUAGACUGCCUCCAUUAAAUACUGUGCACUGCCAGGAUGACAGAGUGCACCUUCUAACUAGGAUAUCACUUGGUCCUCAUAGGAGAGUGACCCACAAGCCAACUCUUUUGGGUUCUAAGUGGUUUAUAAAAAUAUUAAAGAGGCAUUACUCAUCUGCAUCAACUGAAGCAUUUAUUCCAAAACAAGACUUUCCCCAGAUCAAGAGACCCCUGAAAGCAUCCAGGACCAGGCAGCCAUCCAGGACCAACCUUCCAGUUCUGUCUGUGAAAGAGAACCUGAUGCACUGCACAGCAUUCGCCACGGCAGAUGAGUAUCAUUUGGGAAAUCUGUCUCAAGACCUGACCUCCUGCGGAUAUAUGGAAGUAACAAGCUUGCCUACAGAUGCAGCAAAUACUUUGGUGAUGGAUGUGGAAAGUUGCGCAAAAGAAGGUGAUCCUGGAACAAUAUUCUUCUUCAGGGAAGGAGCUGCCGUGUUUUGGAAUGUGAAAGAAAAAACCAUGAAGCAUGUGCUGCAGAUUCUAGAGAAACAUGAAAUUCAGCCAUAUGAAAUUGCAUUGGUACAUUGGGAAAACGAAGAGCUUAACUACAAGAAAAUAGAAGGACAGUCUAAACUUCACAGAGGAGAAAUCAAGUUAAAUUCAGAGCUGGAUUUAGAUGAUGCCAUUCUAGAGAAAUUUGCUUUCUCCAAUGCUCUUUGCCUUUCUGUGAAACUAGCUAUUUGGGAAGCAACACUGGAUAAAUUUAUUGAGUCUAUUCAGUCAAUUCCAGAGGCUUUAAAAGCUGGGAAGAAAGUGAAACUAUCUCAUAAAGAAGUUAUGCAGAAAAUGGGUGAACUCUUUGCCCUAAGACACCGUAUAAACUUGAGUUCAGACUUCUUGAUAACUCCCGAUUUCUACUGGGACCGAGAAAACCUGGAAGAACUUUAUGAUAAAACUUGUCAAUUCCUCAGCAUUACUCGAAGAGUUAAGCUUUUUAUGUCAAGGGAUCUUCUGAUUAUUUGUUUCAAAGACGAGUGAAGAUUUGUGAGAAUUUGGAGGCCUAACAGCUCCUUAGGAAGUUCUUGUCAAGUUUCAAGCAAGAGUUCAUGGGGUCCUGAACAAGUUUGGUAACUGUGGAAAUAGAAAAAACUGAGCAAAGAAUCCUGUAAGAUGGAAUGAAGAGACUCAUAAAUGGAGGCCAGGGAGAGGAGAAAAUGAGGACUGAUGUUUGUCUGUGGGUGACAGGUGGAAAGGUGGCAAACCAGGAGUCUGGGGGAAGUAAAGACUAACUUAAGAUAGGCUGAGGUAGGCAACAAGAUAUUCAACUGGAGCUGAAGAUGUGGUUCAGUGGUAGAGCACUUGCUAGCAUGGGUGAGGCCCUGGGUUCAAUUCCCAGUAUCGCCCCCCCCCCAAAAAAAAGAUACUCAUAGGCAUUUAGAAGUGUGGAAGCAAAGUUGAGUAGACUUCUGUAUCCAAGUCAUUAUGGAGGUAGUAGUGAUGGAGGUAAACAUGUGGGGAAUGACCAUAGAAACAGAAGUAGUCCCUUAUGGCAGCACAUGACUAUAAUCCCACUCUGAGAAGUCAAGGCAAGGAGGAUCACAAGUUUAAGCUUAGCCUGAGCAACUUAGCAAGACCUUCCCUCAAAAAAAAUGGGGGAGGGGGGUAGGGAUUUACCUCAGUGGUGCCGCCACCUGCCUCACAAGCGAAAGGUCCUGAGUUCAAUCCCUGGUACCCCCCAAAAAAACUUUUUUAAGGCAAUGGAUGUAAGGUCAGUGCAGAUGCCCUACUUUAAAUUCACAACACUACAAAAUAAAAAAUUUUAAACAGGGAUUUAGCUCAGUGCUCCUUGGGUUCAAUUCAUAGUACCACAAAGUGGCGGGGGCGGGGGGCUCCUAUCCAUGACCGUCCUUUUCUGCUGAUGUACCUGGUUGUCUGGUUUUGAAGCCAGUCUGAGAUUGAGUUCCUCUUUGAAAGGAUUAACAUUUAUUAACAUAUUCAGCUGGAAGAGUCAAGUGUUGACUCAGUUUCUGGAACCCUAGGCCUGUGCAGAAAGCCCUUGCAGAGUUGGUAUAAUCACUGCAACGCAGGUUGGCAGUUUCUCAUAAAGUUAAUCAUGGUCUUAUCAUAAGACCCACCAAUUCUAUCCCUAAGUAUUAUCUACGAAAAAUGAAAACAGGUUGCCUUAUCCAGAUUUGUAUACAAAUGUUUGUAGCUUUAUUCUUAAAUAGGCAAAAAUUGGAAUCAACCAAAUGGCUAUUCAUAAGUGAAUGAAAAAAAAAAACUAGUUAAUCCAUAAUUUAAUACCACUCCAAAAUCAAAGCAGUUACUGGCUCAUGCAGCAACAUGGGUAAAUCUCCAAAUCAUUAUGCUGAGGAGGAGAAGCAAGAUACCAAAGCAAAGCAGUGUGCUAUUGGAUUUGUAAGGUAUUCUAGACAAUCUAAAGAAAGUACAUCACCGAUUGCAUAAGGCUGGGGGGGACGGGUCGGGCAGGUAAGACUGCAAAGGGUGAUGGGAACUUUUUGUGGUUAGUAAUUACAUGGGUAUAUGUCAAAAUCUUUCAAACCAUACUUAGAAUGAGUGCAUUUUGUAUGUAUUUAUAUGAAUUAUGUGUCAAAGUUUGAAAAUAAUCUCAUCGAAAUUCUUAAAUUUGAGUGUUCAGCUGUACUGAGCAUGGAUCUCUGUUCUUUCCCUUGGUAUGGAGGGACAUGGUGGAAUUGAUUCUUCUGCACAGUUCAGUGUCACUGCCACCAAGGAGAUAGGGGCUUUUGUCCCUUUUCUGAUAGCCAGCUUGCUCUGCUUAAGUUAAUAAGUGACUAAGCAGUAGCCAUGGCAAACAGCUGCUUGGCAGGUUUGAGCCUAGACACAUACACACCCAUCACAUCACAAUAUUCUUUUUUUUCUUUUUUUGGGUACUGGGGAUCGAACUCGGGUCCUUGCACUUGCACAGCAGGCGGCGAAACCACUGAGCUAAAUCCCCGGCCCACACCACAGUAUUCUUUCAUAUUGAUGUCCAUGAUAUCCUUCACAUGUCCCUCCUGGGUGAGAGUACAAAAGAACAAGAUUAGUCACCAAUGAUGAAGGUUGGAGCAAUUCAGAUACUGAGUGGGAGAAGUAAAAAGAUAAAGAUGCCUUUCAAGAAUUUAACUCAAGGGCUGUGGAUUUAGCUCAGUGGCACUGCACCUGCCUCAAAAGCUCAAGGUCCUGAGUUCAAUCCUCAGUACCAAAACAAAAAAUUUUAACUCAAGCUAGUCUUGGUGGUGCAUUCCUGUAAUCCCAUACUCUGGGAAGCAGAGGCAGAAAGAUCUACUGAUUGAGCCCACCCCAGAUGACUUAGCAAGAUCUAGUGUCAAAAAUAAGGCUCUGGGUAUAGCUAAGUACAAAGGCAUCAGGUUUAGUCUCCAAUACCACCCAAAAAAACCUAAAAGCUUAUGCAAAUCCCUAAUGUUUAACAUGAAAGCUGCAGUAAAAGAUGAGAAAUGUGAAAGAACCAAUAAGGAAAACAAUAGUGCAGUGAGUAAUCACCUUGCUGAACAAGAAUUAACUACUAAUAAAGAAGAAAGGAAACCCUUGGAGAAACUGCCACUUCAUUGUUAUCUGCCAAACCAGAGGAAGGGACAUGAAACGCUCAAGGCCUGCCUAGGGACAGACCUCCUCCAAGUGGAUUGACUUCUUUGGAAUCCACUAUUGGAAAGUUGCUUAAGCAACCCUAAGCUCCGGCAGAGCAAGGUUCAAUCCCCAAAUGUGAAGGUUCGUAUAGUAAGUCCACCCCAUGGCAGUCAUUUUUUAAAACUCUCAUGUAAACUGUACAUAAAAUACAGUAACUGGCUUCUGAAUCCUUAAGUGAUCACAUGGGAAAAAUGCAUAGUACUGCACCAAAUCAGUGCUAUGAGAAAUAUUUACUCUUUAAUCUGGCAUCAUUAAAAAUGAAUCUCCAGCCAGGGAUUUAGCUCAGUGGUUCUGCCACCUGCCUCGCAAGCACAAGGUCCUGAGUUGAAUCCCUGUUACCAAAAAAAAAAUGUAUCUCACCUUGUCUCAAAAUUUUUUAGAAGAGGGGUGGAGUCGGGGGUGUAGCUCAUUGUGAAAGCACUGGAUUCGGUCUCCUUAACACAAGAAAACUAUAGAUCUCAUAAGUCUUUGAAAUAGAUGUGAUUUGAUCCAUUCUGUAUAUUUGGGUCAGGACCAUCUUUGCCUACAUCUUGCCUAGUAACCCCAAACCCCACCUUGUUUUUGUGCUUCUGGAGGACUUCGUACAGACCCCUCAGAUUCACCAUUUCAUAGACUACACUAUGAUGAUCUGAUGUACAUUUUUGCCUCUAGAGCUAUGCAUUUUCUGUGGGGUCUCCAGAGUAUCAGAGCAUCUUAGGCCCUUUUGCGGGGAAAGGAGGGAGUUGAGACAGGGUCUCUCACUGUGUGGUUCAGGCUAAUCCUGAACUGUGUAGCCCAGGCUGGUGAACUUGUAGUGAUACUCCUGCCUUACCUUCCCCGAGUGCUGGGAUUAGGCAUGCACUACCAUGUUUGGCAUCUUAGGGUUUUCCUAUGGAUGAAAACAUCUAUAAAAAGAUUUAGCCAGCAUACGAAGAUACAGAAUUCCUUUCUCUACAUUUUCUCAAAUGCCUGACAUCCUCCAUAGCAGACAGGCAAACUUAAAACUACCUAUAUUGCAGUCCCUAUCAAUAGCAAGGUAAUGUUACUACCUGAUCGCUUAAGAUGUGUCUUCUGGUGGUAGAUUGUCCACAUGAGUUAUGAACCUAAAUGUUCUCAAACUACAUUUCUCAGUAAUUUUUUAGCAUCCCAAAAGCAGGUAAGACUGGUUGAAUUGUGUAAGAUUAUUUGGAAGGGGCUUGUGUUAGCUUUAUGUCACUGUAACAAAGUGCCUGAGAUAAUUAACAUGUAAAGGUAAGAGCUUUAUUUUGGCUCACAGUUUAGGAGAUUGUAGUGGUGACUGAUUGGCCCAUUUGGGGCCUGUGGCAAGGCAGCACAUUUUGGCAGGAGCAUGUGGCAGAGCAAAACUGCCAUCACCAGCCAUGGAGCAGAGAGGAAGAAUCAAGGUCCCACAGUCCUCUUCAGGGACACACUCUGGGUAACCUAAAGACCUCCCAUUACAUUAGGCCCUUAAAGGUUGUCAGUGCCACUCUGGGGACCAAACCUUUACUUAACACAUGUGCUUUUAGGGGACACUCAACAUCCACAGUAUAGCAGGGCUAAAUAGAAUGCGAACUGGUCCUGACUUUCAGCAAGCUUGUCAUGUUUCAAGAAGACAAUGAAGAGGGUUUUUUUAUCCACAAAAGAUAGUCUUGAAGAAAAAUGGGGCUAACAGUGUAAGACAUGCUGAGAAGCAGAAAUAUUGAGACCAGAGGUCAAGUCCUUUCGUAAAAAGAUUCAGAGAGCAGUUACAGAGGUGUCACAGGACAGAAACCAGUCUGCAGCAGUGCUGGCCUGUUUUCUCUUUAGCAGCCUUCAAGUUCUGUCAUUGAAGCCUCUCUCCAUAUCCCCUCUUCUCCACCGGCACUCAUUUCCAUGAUUUGUACUCCUGCCUUUUCCCAGUAAUUUUUACAUUAUGUACCUCUAACACACUCCCUCUUUGCCUUCUGAAUGUUUUCUAAUUUUAGUAUAUGUGCUGCUGAAGCGAGCACUUCUGAAUGUUUUCUAGUUGCUUCCUCAAUCUCACAAAUCCUCAUCUAUGGUAUUGCAGCUUCCUAAGGUCAGAGACCAUGAUUAUUGGCUUCCCAGUUCUUGGCAAAGAUACCAUGUAUAACAGGUACUCAGUGCUAGUGGAAAAAAUCAGUAACAAGAUCUCAAAAUGAAAUUAUAUUCUGAAUCUUUCCUGCUCUCUUUCAAUGACAAGGCCAUCUAGUCCCGGCUAUAUAGUCAUUCAACAGAAAAUUUAGAAGUCAUCUUGGUGUCCUUUCUGCUUCACCCUCUACAUCCAGUCAGACCAUCUUUUCAUUUCCCCCAUGUACCACCUGUUAAUUGGAAGUAUUUAUUGAAAAGCCUAUGUGACAGACCCAAGGGAAGAGUACCACAUUGAUCCUAGCACCUCAUCUCAAAAGUUAAUAUAUGCAUCCCCUCUGCCACUCAGCCUCCCCCCUUACCUAGUCUAGUCUUAUUUCCAGCCUUUAAAGUAGACCUUUUCCCAGUCCUGCUGUACCCUCUGGCCCGAAGGCAGAAAGAAGUGUCUUACUGUCUUCUCUGCCCAGCAACAUAAAUACUGAGUAUUCCAUGGUUAAACAAAGGACUCUUUACUUGCAGAAUAAAAUUUAUACAUUAUAACCUGGCAUAUUAGUUUUCUGCUGCUUCUAUAACAGAUUACCACAAGCCUAGUGCCUUAACACAAAUUUAUCAU